CGGAAGAGGCUGGGGCGUUGCUCUAGUGACCCGGAGCUGUCACCUGAGAUGACCCUAUCUCCGUAGCACUCCAGCAGGUGGACCGAAGAGUUUAAAGGCAGCUAAAAACAAACAAACAAACAAACAGAAAUCCUGGAAAUCCUCUCGGCCGCAGCGAUGCGGAACCUUUUCUUGCCAGAAGGCAAAAAAAGAAGUCGGAAGUGACGUCGCGGCCAAAACAAGCCGGGGCUUGAGGCUUCCGAGUCAACUUCGUUUCUCCUCUCCAGGGUUGUGCAGAGAUACACGUUGUUUCCACUUUCCUCCCGUGCACAGUAUUACCUGCUCUGCCUACUCAGAGGAUUGUUACAAGGAUCAGUGUUUUUAAAACUAAUCAGUGUUGGGCCGGGGAUUUAGCUCAGCGGUUCAGUGACCUGCCUCGCAAGAGCAAGGACCCUAGUUCGAUCCCCGAUUUUUAAAUAUCCAAAUUCUAAGAAUACACUGGAUAUCAUUCGUAUAAUUCCAAGAGGAAAUCAUGAAGAAGUGUUUUAAUUAUUGAAAACUAUAGUUGAAAUCAUGGCUACAACAUCGAACCUGGACAUUGGAGCCCAGCUGAUAGUGGAAGAGUGUCCCAGCAAUUAUGGUCUCUCUGGCAUGCCAGACAUUAAAAUAGAACAUCCACUGGAUCCAAAUUCAGAGGAAGGAUCAGUUCAGGGUGUUGCCAUGGGAAUGAAAUUCAUACUGCCCAACCGCUUUGAUAUGAAUGUGUGUUCCCGAUUUGUGAAAUCCUUAAAUGAAGAGGAUAGUAAAAAUAUUCAAGAUCAAGUCAAUUCUGACCUGGAGGUGGCAUCUGUCCUAUUUAAAGCUGAAUGCAAUAUCCAUACAUCUCCUUCUCCUGGAAUUCAAGUAAGACACGUCUACACACCCUCUACCACAAAGCAUUUCUCACCCAUUAAACAGUCAACUACUUUAACCAACAAACACAGAGGAAAUGAGGUCUCUACCACACCUCUGUUAGCAAAUUCUUUGUCUAUCCACCAGUUGGCAGCUCAGGGAGAGAUGCUCUACCUGGCUACUCGCAUUGAACAAGAAAAUGUUAUCAAUCACACGGAUGAAGAAGGAUUUACUCCUCUGAUGUGGGCUGCAGCACACGGGCAAAUAGCUGUGGUAGAGUUUCUACUUCAGAAUGGCGCUGAUCCCCAACUUUUAGGAAAAGGUCGAGAAAGUGCACUGUCAUUGGCCUGUAGUAAAGGCUACACAGAUAUUGUCAAAAUGCUGCUUGAUUGUGGAGUUGACGUAAAUGAAUAUGACUGGAAUGGAGGGACACCUUUACUUUAUGCUGUACAUGGGAAUCAUGUGAAAUGUGUAAAAAUGCUUUUAGAAAAUGGAGCUGAUCCAACAAUUGAAACAGAUUCUGGGUAUAAUUCUAUGGACUUAGCUGUAGCCCUGGGCUAUAGAAGUGUUCAACAGGUUAUCGAGUCACAUUUGUUGAAGCUGCUUCAAAAUAUCAAGGAGUGACACAGUCCUCAGAAAAUGUCAUCUGUCCUCUGUUCACUUUCUAGUCUUUAAAAAUGAUAGUUUUGUUUAUUUUUAAAUUUUUACCUCAGUUGCAAUAUUUUCUGAUAUUUUAUAAGUUUUAAUAUUCUAAGUAAUUCACUGGUUUAUAAGAAAAAUGAUGCUUUUUAUAAAUGUGUUUUACUGUAUAUUUUAAAUUAUAAAUUAAUGUUUUGUGGCAUGUAAAUUUUUAUGGUACAGAUGGUUAUCUGUCUUUGUAUCAAGUGCUGUAAUUUGACACUUUCAGAUAAUUUUCACCUAUUCAUCUUUUCUCUUGUAUUAACUCAUUGACUUUACAUAGAGUUUGCUAUAAAUCCAUAGAGAAAACAUGUUAUUGU